AUGGCUGAAAUGGCCCUUUUGCUCGAGGAGUUACAGGCUCACCCUCAGGACUUGUUCUGCUUUGUGGAAGAAGCCAUCCUGCCCACCAAGCUGCCCUUCCGCAUUUCUGGUGAUGGCCGACUCGACCCGCGUCCCGACUGGCACCUCAACAUUGGCUUUCUUUUCAACGCAGCCGGCACCGUCAUGUGUCCGCCGCUGGUAAUGUUUCGCCUUGAAGACGAGCUUGCGCAGGGCAUAGAAAACCCGGCCGAACCAAUGGCUACACCUGAUUACGACCGCUGUGACACCCCUCUCGAAAAUGGAGGUUCCCGCUCGCCUCCUAUCAGCAUUGGUGAUGACGAAGGGGAGUACCCGCUGACACUGAAGGAUGAUGCGGCUGACGAGGAGAUGCAAGAGCCAGAGCUGGGGUAG